UACAUUUUAAUUUCAUAAAUGGUUUCCCACCACACACACACUCUCGUUUUGUUUUUCCUUGAAAUUGUUUCAAUUGUUCUAGGUUCGAACGAACAUUAAAUUUUACACAAUCGCUUUACUGCACGAAAUAUUUGGGGUAUCGGGACUCCAUUCCCCACAAUGCAAUUCGACUUCAUCUGCCGCGUCGCCUACCUUGCAGUUUUAACCGAUAGCUAGGCUUUUGUUUUUGACGUGUCAACAUGGAUUUUCCCUUAAGUGAACGUUUUUUAAGUCUUUUUAAGCAAAAAUGGAAUAUAAGUGGAACCACAACACGCGUGUCGCGGAGAGACACGAAAACGGAAGUAAGAAGCCCUCACUACCACAACUUACAUGUUUGGAAACCAGUGAGCCUCAAGAGGUGUUUUCCUUUAUUCUGCUGACAUAAGCAUCGGUCGUUCUCUUCCGUACUUUGUGGGUGAAAAGAAAGGAAGUACUCUUGGUCACGGGUUCCCUAAACCACUCAUAAUCACAGCUUGAUUAUUCAUCUUUGCAUCCGAGGCGUGGACAUGGUAAAGAUUGUUAAAUAGUCGAGGACAUUUCGUGGAUGCUCAGUACCAGGGUUUCUCUUUUUUUGUUUGUCAUUGAAUGCAACACUUUUGUAUUUGUAAAUACGAGGACGAAAGUUCUUAAAAAUAAAUAAAACCAAUUUUAUCAGCGGUCCAAGUCAUCAUGGAGCAGAAUGUGCCCGCCGAGAGGACCUUGUCGGUGUGCAAGCGUUUGUGUUACGCUUCAGGACAUUUUUUAAAUGACUUGUGCGCCUCAAUGUGGUUCACCUACAUGCUGGUCUACCUGCACUCUGUGCUGGGCAUGCAGAGCACCUUUGCAGGUGUGCUGCUGCUUGUCGGCCAGGUAGCAGAUGGACUGUGCACGCCUCUGGUCGGCUAUGAAUCUGACAAAUCCUCCGGCAGGAGACAUGGGAAGAGGAAAAGCUGGCAUUUGCUGGGGUCCGUUUGUGUUCUUCUCUCUUUCCCCUUCAUUUUCAACCCCUGCCUGGCUUGCAGCGCCAACACCCCCCAGUGGGCCGAGAUCGUUUACUUCGUCCCCUUCAUCAUCAUCUUCCAGUUUGGAUGGGCGGCCACUCAGAUCUCACACCUGUCCCUCAUUCCGGAGCUAGUGUCUUGUGAGAGCGCCAAGGUGGAGCUCACCGCGUACAGGUACGCCUUCACUGUGGUGGCCAACAUCACUGUCUACACUAUCGCCUGGCUGCUCUUUCAUUUCCAGGCUCAACAAGACAUUGACAUAACAGACAACCUAAGCCGGGCUGACAUCCCCCUGUUUAGGAUGCUGGCUUUCAUCGUACUGGCCAUUGGAGCAGUGUUCUCCAUCAUAUUCCACGCUGGCACGAAAGAGGCGUCAGGAACAGAGGGAGAAGAUCCGCUGCUUGCUCCUUCCCCUUCCCUUUCUGAUGAUGAUGAAGAAGCUUCGCCUCGUCGAAUGUUCCAGUGGAGACAUUGGCUAAAAGAGCCUUCUUUCUAUCAGGUGGCCUUUCUUUACAUGUGCACAAGACUGAUAGUCAACCUGUCCCAGUCCUACAUCUCUGUUUACCUCACCAACUCUCUCAUGCUACGUAAGGACUUCAUUGCCAUUAUACCGCUGGUGAUGUACAUCAGCGGAUUUGUGAGCUCGCUGGCAAUGAAGCCGAUUAGCAAGCUUGUAGACAUCAGUAUGAUUUAUUUUGCCGGCCUGCUGCUGGUGAUCAGCUUUGCCGCCUGGGUGAUUUUGGACCAGAACAUGGGCGCUGACAGCAUCUAUGGCGCGGCGGUGCUGCUGGGAGCAGGGUCAGCUAUCAUCCUGGUCAUGUCGCUGUCCAUGACCGCCAAACUCAUCGGGGAGCAUACGCAAAGUGGAGCUUUUGUUUAUGGCUCAAUGAGCUUCACAGACAAGGUGGCCAAUGGCGUGGGAGUCAUUGUCAUCCAGAGCAUCAGACCAUGCAGGUGUGCUGGAGCCUAUCCCAGCUGACUUUAGAUGGGAGGCAGAACUCAUCCUUGAAUGGUCUCCAGUCAACCACAGGACACAUAGAUAAUUAUUCACACCUUAUGGAGUCUCCAAAUAUAGCCCAAUAUGCCUAUUUUUGUACUGGGAAGAAAACAAGUUUGAAGCAUUAUAAUCCACACAUUCCCAACCAAUGGACUGGACCUGAGGGAUUAUAUACUGUGCUGCGGCAAAUUAUCAAAUUUCACCAAAUUAGUCUGCAAAUGUAUCAUUUCAAUCUACCUAUGCCCCUUAUGGUUGAGGAAUUCACAUUAGUCGCAUAAUUUUGGUCUUGACCUCUGUAUGUAUGAUGAGAUUAUCGCAGAUCUUCAAGAUGCAACCUUUUAACCUAAUUCGAAUAAUAGGAUAAUGAGACUGAUUUGGUGGGUUCAAAGAUUCCUUUUUAUUUAUAAAUGAAAUUGUAAAUGGGUAUUUGGUGGGUAGAUUUUGAAAUGUAUUGUAUUAUACUGUACUUUGGAUAUUAUAUGAUGAUGUAUAUUUUAACUGUGGGUGCCUGUCCAUAAGAUGUGUGCUUCUAGGGAUAACCUUUUUGCAGGACAGACUCUGAUAUUAACAAAAGAAGCAAUAAUGUAAUACAAAAUUAUGUCUGUCUGUAAAUAAAUAAAUAAAUAUGCCAGCAGAGACAGACAAAUCAAUUACAUGUUCUUCCACUAGAUGGCAGAAGACACAUGAUCAAACUGUAUAUCCACCUGUUACCAAUAAGUCAUGAAAUAUGUGUGUUGGCUCUUAUAAGGUUGGGAAACACUGCUAUAAAGAAUGACAAAAACAAUAUUUCCUCACACCCCUGUGGCUUUAACAAGAUAUGUACAGUUAUACCUCAACUUACAAGCUUGAUUAGUUCUGUGACAGCGCUCUUAACUCAAGUUUCCCAUUGUAAUGCAUUUAAAUUAAUUUAAUUAGUGUUUACCCUACCAAAACAACACACUUUUAACAUGUAACAUGCCUUUUAAAAAGAAAAACAAUACAAUAGAAUGAAGUACUAACAACUACAGUAGUUGUACAAAGUAAUGUGAUAACAAUUAUUAAUAAUCCAGCUGCUUUUCUGUCAAACACUCACUCAGCGGCUUCUCCAUAUUUUCAUGGAUACAUGUCUGCUGUUUAUAUAUAAUUUCAACAUUCUUGACUGGCUUUGGACUCAUUUUGCUUCAGCAAUGUGCAGACUAUGAUACACUCGAAUCGGCAACACACUGUCAUGUUUUUGAUGAUUUCUUUCUUUAAUUCAAUGAAUAUCAUCCGCUUUUCCCCAGCACCGUCCUUCACACUCACGUUCUUCCUUUUACGGUUUGGAAAAAAAGUUAACGUCGAUCUGUAGCUAUAAGCUAUUGCUAGCGAGUAAGACCAAAUGUUUUAGGCGGACCUUACGAGGUUCGCUGUGACAUUUACUUCGCCGACUAAUGGCAGGGAUGCUUGUAACUUAAAAGCAUAAUAAUUAGCAGAGAUACAGCUUUUUAUCUCAAACACUCUUAAGGUGUAAUAUAGAAAAACAAUGAACAUAAUAAAUCGCAGUCCUGUCCAACAGCAGGAGGCUAUACAAUAGUAUUAAGUAAAACUAAAAUAACUGAUGAUUAAGUUAUUUACAGUUAUUGCAGUUUUAUGAGGUUGUUUUUAAUAACAUGUACUUAGUUUGCUGGAAAAAUAUAUUGUAGAUGCUGUGUUUGAUAAUGUUUUUUUCACUGUUUGUAUGGGAUAAAAACAUGAUUUGAAUAUGUACACUAUUCAUAGUAGUUGUUCUUGUAAGACUGUCUUUCCCUUUUUCUCUCU